AUUGUUCACGCUUGUGUAACUGUAAAAGAUAAAUGGAUUUUAUUUUCAUGAUUCAGAUGCAAGGUCUAGAGAAGUACCAGCUUGUUCUUCUGAUCGUCGGAUCCACAGUAAGUGUGGUUGCUACAUGGCUGAUAGUGGACUUUUGUCUAUAUCAUCGUGAAAUAAAAGCAAGAAGAGAGAAAAAGAGAAAAGAAUCUUGGCAUCCUCGCCAAAAUAAACCGCCACGCUUGUCAAUUCCUUUUACCAAAAAAACAGGAUUGAAUGCAUCAUCCGUUCCUGUGGCGGAUGCUGAAACUAAUGGACAAACAGGUUUCCAGAAGUUUCUUAGUUUCUUUAACAUUAAAAAGAAUGAAGAAAACCAAAAUAAUACAAAGCAACUUGAGAAAAGAUCGCAAAGCUUUAACGACGCUAAUCUAAAAGGGAAGAAAUUUAUUUCACCAAAGAGCCGACGUUUUACUGAGAUCUUUUCAAAUAAAGUAGCAAAUCUGAAUGUUGAUAUCGAUUCCAAAGCAACAACAAAAAAGGAAGAAAACAGAAAAAUACCAGAAAGUACAGAAUGGAAUCAAGGUUCCACCGACAGAGAAAAUCUUCAAAGUGCAGACAGUGGACAUUUUUCCGAAGGUAAAAGAGGGGGUGAAACAAAAUGGAAGACUGAAUUUUCUGAAACGGAUAAAGCAGUAAAAGAUGAGUUUAGUGACGUUGAAGAAGAAGUUGGAAUAUCAAGGUCAAAGAAAAAAUCAAAAAAGAAGAAAGAUGGGAACAGCUCCAGAAAGACAUUCUCUCUUUUACAUCACAGAUACCUCUGAAAAAGAAAUGAAGAUUUUGAUAAUAUUGAUAAAUGCUUUGACAGUACAUGUAGAUUGAUUUUAAUGCAAACGUUAUCAUUAAUGAUCUCACAUACAUCUGAUUCAGAAAAGUUCUCAUUGCUUAAUAAUAUUCGCACUUAAUUUUACAGCUGGAGUCCAUAUGUAUGAAAAAAUGUAACUAUGAAUAUCAUUUUCAAAAAUAUUUACAAAACCUUUUUUCUGAUAAAUAGUUGUUUUUUCCAUUGCUUUCCACUGAUUGUCAGGAAAUUGCAUCUACAAAAUCUUAAAAAAGGGGAUUGCCUGAUUAAAAUUCAUCUACAAUACUAGUAUGUAAUCUUCUUGAUAACUUUUAAUAAUUAACUAAACUACUGUGCAGUUUGGUUUCUAAUGUUUUUACUGUCAUAACAUGACAACUGUCUCAUCUUUUAAAAUCAAGAAUCAAUGUCAAAUUUGAAACAAAUGAUUUUAGAGCAUUUAAAAAGUAACUUUCAAUUCCAUUGACGUACAUGUACUCUUUCCAAUUUUCUUAAAAAGUGACAGCAAAACUGAUCUCUUUUAAAAGCAGAAUUCUUUUUCGAGGUAGUUUUUAUAUUUACUACAGGAUAAUUAUUCUAUAAUAAAGGAGGAAGCUUUA